AUGCGGAAAAGUGAUGCAGUGGAAGAUUUUCUAGGCUCAUUUGGAAAGUGGCAGUUUAGGUCAACUCUUCUUAUUUAUUUAGUAAAAAUACCUUCAGCAUGGUUUAUGGCUUGUUUGAUUUUCACAGCUAAAAGCCCCAUGCCAGGCGAAAUUUUCUGUUCCCCGCCAAUUGGAAUUGAACUAAAUGACACAAACUUUUGGAUUAAUUCAAUUCAUAAAGAAAGCUUUAACAGAAUCGAGAAUGAAGAAUCUUACGAUUAUUGCUACGUUUAUCAAGAUGCUUACCUGAAUUAUUCUGUUCGUGAAGAUGAAGCGACAAGAGAGUCAAUUCCUUGUGUGAAGUUUCAACACCAAACAGUUUAUGCUUCAAUCAUCAAUCAAUAUGAACUUUUAUGUUCGCGUGAAGCUUUAGUAGCACUCUCACAAUCAUUUCAUUUGUUGGGUGUUCUAAUCGGUGGCAUAAUUGCUUUCUACAUGUUAAAGAAAUGCAGCCCACGUGAAACGAUGCUAGUAGGAAUGAUUUCACAAAUUCCACUCGGUCUUGCUACAGGUUACGCUCCUAAUUACAUUCUUCAUUUGAUCUUCCGAUGCAGUGUAGCAGCGACAUGUUCUUUAAUGUGCAUUGGAAUUAUGAUUGUUUCAGACAUAACUGCUGGAAAAUAUCGAAUAAUUUCGAUUUGCCUUUUCGAGCAGUUUUGGUCGAUUGGAGUUAUCCUUUUACCUGCUGUUAGUAGCUGGUGGAAAAGUUGGACAACUGUUUACAUAGCAAUAUCAAUUCCCACAUUUUCAUUGAUUAUUCUUUAUUAUUGGAUUCCUGAUUCACCACGAUGGCUUUUGAAACAUAAUCGUGUUGCCGAUGCAAAGAAAGUUCUUUUAGAUGCUGCAAAUUUCAAUGGGAAAACUGAUUACAAUGAAGAUGAAUUGGAUAAAGAGUUGAGUUUGUUGGCUGAAGAGAUGCAAAAACAUCCUUCAGAACCAACGUUGCUGUCAAUUUGGAAAGGAACUUUAACAUUUAAAAUUCGUCUAUUUGCUGCACACAUCGGAUGGUCGAUUUACUUGAUGACUUACUUCGCUUUGCUUUUACAUGUGAGAGCGAUGGGCAGGAAAUAUUUAGAAAUUAACACAAUCAUUGCUGGUACAAGUGAAAUCAUUGGAACAUUUAUUGGAUUAAUUUUGAUUCUUCACACAACACAAAAAUGGCUUUGGACGAGUCUCCUGAAUAUUCUUGCAUCAAUUAUUUCAAUCUCAGCUAUUUUUGUACCAGACACAAUUGCACCAACUGAGAGAAUGAUGAUCUACAUGGCAACUGCAAUGACAGCUAAAAUGACUGUUUCAACAAGUCUGUCAAUAUUUAUAACGUCAAUGAGUGAAAUUGUUCCCAAGGAAAAGCGGAAAACUUGCAACUAUUCUGGUGUGACAUGCUCAAGAACGUUGGUGAUGAUUGCACCGUUUAUUGGAUUCUUCGUCAUUUAUGGACAAUUAGUGCCACAAGUUAUAACAUCAGUAAUGAACAUCUUUGCAUCUUUAUUGGUUGCUAUUUGCAUUCAAACAUCACGCACACUUCCUCAUAAAACUAAAAUAUAUUUUGUAGAUCAAGAUCCUGAUGAUGAUGACAUUUUGUCAUCGAAACUAGCAGAUGGAAUAAAAUCAAAGAAUAAAUAUCUUCUUAUAGUCUGA